UGCUGCAACAGGCAAGAUUGUCGGGAUGAAAAGCCGGUUAGCGUUUCAUCUUAUUACACAUUGGGCUGGCAAUCAAAACCAUUCAAAGGUCAUUGUCCUUGAGGAACACACCCUUUUUUUAUUCUUGCUGUCAUUGAGAAUAUUUCAUAGUGGAUUUUCCUUUAACCCCGCUCGUCCACUCUGAAGAACCCGUUCGCCGGGGGAGCAGGUAAAGAGAUGCCGAGCCAAUAUAUGAAAAGCAGCACAAAUGAGACCGACAAAAAAGAACAUGAUGUUCCUACUGAUGGAAAAGUUGAGAAAAACAGUGAAACAAAAGAGGAGAAGAAGCCUAAAAUGGUCAGCCCACUGGCUUUGUUUCGCUAUGCAAGUUGUACAGACAGACUUCUAAUGGUGUUUGGUAGUGUUGCUGCUUUAAUUCAUGGAGCUGGAAUGCCUCUCAUGGUCAUAGUAUUUGGACAGAUGACAGACAGCUUCAUCCACAAUGAAAUUUCGAAAAACCUCACAGCAAAUGAAAUUCUUAAUAUAAGUAUUGCUGUAUCAGAGACCCUAGAAGAACAAAUGACAAGAUUUGCCUACUACUACGUGGGUUUAGGGGCAGCUGUUCUGCUUGCUGCCUAUGUCCAAGUUUCCUUCUGGUCACUUGCUGCAGCAAGACAGACACGAAAGAUAAGAGAAAUAUUUUUUCAUUCAUUAUUGCGUCAGGAAAUAGGAUGGUUUGAUGUCAUUCAGAUUGGUGAACUCAACACUCGUCUAACAGACGAUAUUUUAAAGAUAAGUGAUGGAAUUGGCGAUAAAAUAGGCUUGCUCAUACAAUCACUGGCCUCCUUUAUAGGUGGCUUUGUGGUAGGCUUUAUCAAAGGAUGGAAACUAGCACUGGUGAUUCUGGCAGUGAGUCCGGUUCUAGGAAUUUCUGCGGCGAUCUGGUCCAAGUUGUUGACUUCAUUCACAAAACAAGAACAAAAUGCUUAUGCAAAAGCUGGAGCUGUGGCUGAGGAAGCAUUGUCAGGUUUCAGGACUGUGGUAGCUUUUGGAGGACAAGAGAAAGAAGUUGCAAGGUAUCAGGAGAAAUUGAUUGAAGCUGAGAAAGUUGGAAUCAAAAAGUCACUUAGCAGCAAUAUAGCGGUGGGUUUCACCUUCUUAAUCAUCUAUGCUUCGUAUGCUCUGGCAUUCUGGUAUGGAAGUACCCUGAUACUGACUGAGAAUUAUACAAUUGGAAAAGUGCUAACGGUGUUUUUUUCAGUGCUGAUUGGUGCGUUUUCUAUCGGCCAGACAUCACCAAACAUUGAAGCACUCGGCAAUGCGAGGGGAGCAGCUUAUGUGAUCUUCAACAUCAUGGAUCAGGAACCAUUAAUUGAUAGUUUUUCAGAAAGUGGACAUAAACCAGAUCAAGUCAAAGGAGACGUGGAAUUUAUGAACGUACGCUUCAAAUACCCUUCAAGACCUGAUGUUGAGAUAUUAAAAGGUCUGCACCUGAAGUUGAAAAGCGGGCAAACAGUUGCUCUGGUUGGCAGCAGUGGCUGCGGUAAGAGCACUACCAUCCAACUUCUGCAGAGAUUCUACGACCCUGAAGAAGGAAUGAUUAUGCUUGAUGGACAGGAUAUCCGAAGUUUGAAUGUUAGACAUCUCAGGGAAAUGAUUGGUGUUGUGAGCCAGGAACCUGUCCUCUUUGCAACCACAAUAGCUGAAAACAUUCGCUAUGGUCGUCAAAAUGUCAGCAUGACUGAGAUAGAAGAAGCUACCAAGGAAGCUAAUGCCUAUGAUUUUAUUAUGAAACUGCCAGAUAAAUUUGAAACGUUAGUUGGAGAAAGAGGCACACAGCUAAGCGGAGGCCAGAAGCAAAGAAUUGCUAUUGCACGAGCUCUGGUGCGCAAUCCCAGGAUUCUGCUGCUGGAUGAAGCUACAUCUGCUUUGGAUGCUGAGAGUGAAGCUACUGUUCAAGCUGCUCUCGAUAAGGUACGCAAAGGCCGCACUACAAUAGUUAUUGCUCACCGUCUGUCAACAGUGCAAAAUGCAGACAUCAUUGCAGGAUUACAGGAUGGUGUCAUUUCAGAGAUAGGAACCCAUGAAGAACUGAUGGAGGCAAAAGGAAUUUAUUAUACAUUGGUGACUAACCAGACAUUUAGGAAUGAAGACAAUGAGACGGACGAAUUGGCUAUUGAGAUAAAUGGAGCUAAACCCAAGACUGUUGCCACAAAGCCACUGCGAAGACAGUCAACACGUGCCAGCAUGAAAAAGCCAGGAACAGCUGCAGAAAAUAAGGAUGCUGAUGUUCCACAGGAUGAAAAUCUUCCCAACAUGUCCUUUCUGCGUAUUCUUAGAAUGAACAGGACUGAAUGGCCUUAUAUACUUCUGGGAACAUUCUGUUCCAUUUUAAAUGGUGUCCUGCAGCCUGCAUUUGCCCUGAUAUUUUCCGAAAUUGUUUCUGUAUUUGCUAAUUCUGACAAAGAGCAUAUUCGCCGUCAGAGUACACUUUUUUCCCUGUUAUUCCUAGCACUUGGAGGUGUCUCCUUCAUCACAUUUUUUCUACAAGGCUUCAUGUUUGGCAAAUCUGGAGAGAUACUGACAAUGAGACUCCGAUAUUUAGCCUUUACGGCAAUGUUGCGACAGGAUGUUAGCUGGUUCGAUGAUUCGAAGAACAGCACUGGAGCAUUGACUACCAGACUUGCAACUGAUGCAUCUCAAGUUAAGGGGGCUACAGGUAUCAGACUUGGUUUGAUUUCACAGAAUAUAGCUAAUUUAGGAUGUUCAGUUAUUAUUUCCUUCGUCUACGGCUGGCAGCUGACACUAUUGAUCUUGGCUAUUGUGCCAGUCUUGGCAAUAGCAGGAUUGAUACAAAUGAGAAUGCUCACUGGACAUGCCAGCAAGGACAAGUCGGAACUUGAGAAAGCAGGAAAGAUUGCUACCGAGGCAGUCGAAAACAUUAGAACCGUUGUAGCUCUAACAAGGGAAAGAAAGUUUGAAGAAAUGUAUGAAGAAAACAUGAAAAUUCCUUCCAGGAAUUCAAUAAAGAAGGCUCACAUUUAUGGAGUCACCUUUGCAAUUUCACAAGCAAUUCUCUACUUUGCUUACGCAGCAUGUUUUCGAUUUGGGGCCUGGCUGGUGACAAAUAAUUACAUGGUUUUCCGGGAUGUUUUCCUUGUAUUCUCAGCAAUUGUAUUUGGAGCUAUGGCUUUGGGGCAGACAAGCUCAUUUGCACCUGACUACGCAAAGGCCAAGAUCUCAGCAGCUCACAUCAGAAUGCUACUUGAUCAAACACCAUCUAUAGACAGCUACAGUGAAAGUGGUCUUGUCCCUGCAUCUUUUGAAGGAAUAGUGAAGUUUGAAGAUGUUGGCUUUAACUAUCCUACUCGACCUGAUGUGACAGUGUUGCAAAGUUUGACGCUUUCAGUUGGGAAGGGACAAACCUUAGCUCUAGUGGGUAACAGUGGCUGUGGGAAAAGCACCACUGUACAGCUGCUAGAGAGGUACUAUGACCCACUACAUGGAAGAGUGCUUUUAGAUGAGCAUGAUGUGAAGGAUCUCAAUGUUCAGUGGGCUCGGGCACAGAUGGGUAUUGUGUCCCAGGAACCCGUUUUGUUUGACUGCAGUAUUGCUGAGAACAUUGCCUAUGGAGACAACAGCAGAGUUGUAUCCCAGGAGGAGAUAGAGGUUGCAGCCAAAGCGGCAAAUAUACAUGCAUUUAUUGAAACUCUGCCUCAGAAAUACAGUACAUGUGUAGGAGACAAGGGUGCCCAGCUAUCUGGAGGUCAGAAACAGCGUGUUGCCAUUGCUCGAGCCUUAGUCCGAAAUCCCAAGAUCCUCCUCUUGGAUGAAGCUACUUCAGCACUGGAUACUGAAAGUGAAAUGAUUGUCCAAGAAGCACUGGACAAAGCAAGAGAGGGACGUACCUGCAUUGUUAUAGCUCAUCGUCUGUCUACCAUCCAGAAUGCCAGUAAAAUAGUAGUGUUUAGUAAUGGCCGGAUUGCAGAGGAAGGAACACAUCAUCAGCUUCUUGCUAACCAAGGUCUAUACUACAAUCUAGUGACUGCACAAAUGGGAAAAAACUGAGUGACUUAAGGAAAGAAAAACAAAAUGAAAUUAUUACAUUUCAAUAAUUGAGACAUUGUAAUUAGUAGCUCAGUCGUAAUUUCUGUUAAAUACCAGUGAAAAAGUAAUCCCAUGGAACAACACUCCAAACAAUCACAGGAUAAAUCAACACAAAGGGCUUCAAUUUUGUUGAUGCUGCGAAGGGUCAUAGUCCAAGGAGCAGAGCUAGGAAAAAUUUACAAAAACAAAAGCUAUGCCCAGCUCUAUCUCAAGAGUGUCAUCUUUGCAAGAAAGUGAAGCAAUUUCAAAAAUGUGCAAAGACCAGAAAGAGUCCUCAAAUGACAGAAACAGUGCUGUCAACAUCUCAAAUAAGUUAAUGAUUUAAUGUAAAUGCCAUUAAAAAAAUUGGACACCCUGGAUAUCCAUCCAUUAGAACAUAUAUAAUUAGACGAUGACACACCUCCUUUAGAAGAAGUACUGCAGCUAUUGCAAGGGGAAGUAGUUGACCCUUCUGAACCAGACAAAAGAGAGCUCAGCCACGUUAAUGGACAGUCAACUCAAUUCAAAACUGAUAUAGCAGUGGAGGGAAGAUCUGAAAGUAAACUUCAAACAAGGGAAGAUCUUAAUGUAUCCAGCUAUUUUUUUUCAGGUCAGAGGACAAGUUUGAAAACUGAGAUGAGUCAAAGUGAAUUCCUGAGAGCUGUCGUACAAUUUGGUUCAGUCCCAGGAGAAGUUAGAGAUUCUUCUGGACCCUGGAAAGCUUUUGAGUAUAAUUAAAAUCAGAGCAGGAAAUGGACCAUUCAAAUUUGCAGGUUUAAAGAAUAAAAGUUUGUGGAACAUAGUGUUGAAUAAUAGAACCAACUUUGUUUAUUUCUUGUACUGUAAAUUAUCUGGCAGGAUACUUUCAGUUGAAAAUUGGAAGGCCAAACUUCUUUGAAAGAUGUUGUCUCCCUGAAGCUCAUAAUGAAACAGCAAACUUUCAUUAUGUAAUUUCUUUUAAACCAUCUAGAUACCGCUUACAUUUGAGUUCAACAAAUCUGAUAAUGCAGCCCACCAGUGAAGGUUGAGUGUGCUUUAUAUUUGUUGUGCCUGUAUUCCCAGCCUGUAUGAACAAGCCAUAACAUUUGGUUGAAAAUAGCCUUUACACUUGUUUGUUUAUCUUACGCUAUGUACAUAUGUAACCCAAGUUAGGUUCUCAGUUGUAGGCUGUGGUAGCUAGUGGUAUCUUGGUUUUCCCCUUAGCUAAAACAAAACGCAUCCCUAGCUAGCAGAAACAAUGAGUGAUGGACUUGUACCUUCCAUAAAGAGACCAAAAAUGUACAACUUGCAAAGGUAAGAAUGGUUGCCUUAUAUGUCAUUGAAGUGUAUCAAUAUGUCGAAAGGGAAAUUUGAAACACCACACAAUGAUAUGCAAUAAAUUCAACAACUGAUUUCCCUUGAUCAUGCUGUGGACAAAGGUUAAUGAACUGAAGGUCAUUUUGAAAGCUCAACAGUCAUUCUGUUUGUAAGCCAAGGUACAGAAGCAUCACGUGUUUACCAUUUUUUGAGAAAAGAUAAACAAUCGUUUAUGGAUGGUGAAGUGACAAAAAGAAGCCAUGACUGUGACCUCCAACUCUUUAUUCAAAGACUUUAAGAUCAAAGGAGAAAUAAUUAUGGCAAUCCAAAGUAUAUCACAAGGGGUUUCUUCAGUCGCAAGAUGACAACCGAGACUAACAGGCACUGGGGGAUAAUGUGCACUCACAGGUAUCAGACUGUCACUUAGUGAGUAGAGAAUUAUAUAUAUUUAUAUUUAAAUAGAAAAAAAUUAAAAAUGUUAUAUUUUACAUUUUCUUAGUGAUAGAUUCUGAGUCACCCUUAAAUUCAAAAAGUGAUCUUAUGCUUCAAAAUGUUGGAAGCUACAUAUUCAAGGUUUUCAGUUGGUCCGUGGAUUACCUGCACCCGGAGUGUGAGAUGUCAGCUAGCUUACAGCCAGGCACAAGGUAAACAGAACAAAAGUACUCUUUCUCAACGUGAAAGGAAUCAACUAUAGAAUUUCAACCAAGCUGCAAAAUUUUGGCUCGUAAAACUAACUUUUCAAGUACCAAUGACGAUGCUACUGCAAAUACUAACUGAAUGUUCAACAAUCCACUUUUCAUCUCAAUUUGCACAUCAGUUUCUUUUUAACCUUUCAGCUUUGUGCACCACCUCUGAUAGGUAAUCAGUGCCUAUGUCUGUUGUGUUAGUAUGUUUUCUUGUGUGCAGUAAUGAAUAA